CGUCAAGGAGCAAAGUGACAACAUGCAGUUGUUUCUUUACGUAGUUCUGAGUGGCGCGGUUGGUGCAGUGCGUGGGCAGACAAGCACGUACGAUACUGAAAGACAACCACCUUGGGUGAAUGAAGCAUUCUUUUUCAAGUAUCAGAACGCUUGGAGAGCUAUCAGCAAUACAAGUGCGACUUAUACACUGAUGAAAACAACUUACAAAAACGUCGAUGGUUAUCAUAGAGAUAUCACUUGCGUAAAUGUCACGACAACAUAUAUACACUUCAAUCCCCGCAGAGUAACCGCUAAAGCGAACUACCGCGUCCAGGGGGUGGACACUACUGCCAAUUACACCAUAUGGCCAGUUAAGAGAAAGGACUACAAUAAGACCUACAAUGCUGUUCAAUAUGAGGAAAAAGAAGAAAAGCCGAACCCGAAUGGAUUAUGUUGUGGGCCAGGUGGAAGCGAGGGGCAGAUUGAUAGCGCCCUGCAAGGGGCGAUUGACACCGUAGAAGAGUACCUUCGUCCUUCGGGGCUCAAGCGCUCCUCGAGGUACCUACUUGUUCUUUAUUGGGACCAGCACGCUGCCUGCUGGCUUGCUGAUGGUACCACCAAGCUGCCUGCUUGUUGUGCUGGUUCCAGUAGUGUGACGUUUGGUGUUCUGCUGGUUCCAGCAGGGUGCCUACUGGUUCUUUACAGGGAUCAGUACACUGCCUACUGA